AUGUCCCAAGGACGUCGUGAAGCACGCCGCGAAGCACGUCGAGCAGAGUCUCCGCCAGAUCCACGAGGCCGUCGUCGCCGUCGUUUGAAUUCAUCUUCGAUUGCGAUUGACCAACCGCGUCCAACUGAAUUUGUUUCCUCUUGGCUUGAACAACAAGACUUGACUCGAUCGGGUGUGCCAGCGCAAACAACGCCCUUGACCAAUUUUCGCAUGUUCCCUUCAACACAACUACGCGCAACAAGUCACCCCAAUUUCUUGAACUCGGCGCUUGAGCAAGAAACCACACACAGUGUCGUCAGCAUGCGGGAUCACAACACCACAAUGCAAUACAAUGAUGCUGGUCCAUCUUCUGCAUAUCACCCACCCGCUGUUGAUAUUGACGCCGACGAUCUUUCAACCUCAGCCCCUAUCGGCGAUCGCUCAAUGAACUCUCGACGCAGCGGACCUCUCUUGAACAUGGCUCUGUCCGCCGCUGACAGCGACGACAUAUCAUCUGACACCUCGGAAAGCUCACAGGAAGGAGGUGUGAGACUGUGGUCUUCUCACGGCGCAUAUCCUCUUGCUCGCUCUACGGGUGUUGAAAACAACCCAUUGCAGUCGAGUCAAUUCCCUCGUCAUGUCUGGGGUGCGCGCAACAUCGAUAUCGGACUGGCCUGUGAAGACGAACGUUCGGCCAAGAAACCAACCUAUCCCGAAAAUCCUGCACUUCUCCUCGUCUACCAGUUGGAUCGCAAUACGCCUGAGCCUACUCUGCGCUUCUUGCCAUUCAUUUCCGUAUCACAGAAGAGAAAGAACAAGAGCAAGAACAAGCGUUUCAUGAUCCAACCCUCGCACAAGCAAAGCAUUGACGCUUCUCAACUGACGGCCAGAAGAGCACAAUGGGUUCCUGGUGAGUUUCCCGUUGAACUCUUCGAACUCAUCAACCAAUACCUGUCCCGCGAUGACAUCAAGUCGAUGCGUCUGGUAAGCAAGGAGUUUGAGCGUGGUGUGUCAGGCUCUCUGUUUGACACUGUUGUUGUUCCAUUCAACACGGAACUCUACGAGAUGAUUGAGCAGAAAGUGGUGAAGCGCGACCUCAAGGGCAAGCGCAGAGCCGACGAUCCCAUCAACCACUUUGUCAACCUGGACCCUGGCUCGCUACUUUGGAAGAACGCCUUGGACGACACAGAAGAUAAGGUCUAUCGCGGUCAUGGUCUCAAGGUUUUUGAAGGGUUUGGCCACCACAUUCGUCGCUUCGGCAUGAGUUUUGAGAUCAAGGAAGACGCCCUCCAGAAUCCGCCCAAGAAGAACAAACUUGACAGCCACGAGAGCUACUUUGGGUCGUAUGAAUGGCCAUCGCAAGAGUACACACGCUUCGAGCUGCUGGCUGGUCUCGAGCGUACAGCAGACGAGACUUCGCAAAUGAAGAUGGCCUUCUCACACUUGUCGGUCGUUCAGCAACUUGCACUUUCCAUGGACAGCGGCCUUGGAUGGAUGAGCGGACCUGACAAGUCGCUACGCAGUACGAUCUUGCAGCGACCUUCUCCUCUCUUUGGUUGUUCGCACGGCAUAGUGGACGCACAACAACAAGAGCGUAUCAGAUUGUGGGAGUCUAUCGAGUCCGCGCAUGUCAGAUUGGGUGCUUUGGACGACUUGAAGGAGGGCUCACUCGAACAUAUUGUCGCCAUGGUGCCUGGUGUUGCCGAUAACGAAGAUCACGACGGUACUGAGACAGGAGUCCUGUACAUCACUCCCCCCGACACACGCGACCAAUCAUCUCACGCCGAAGCUCAGAGACUGGAGUAUUCAAGAAGGCUUGAGAAAUUCAGUCCUGCCAGCCUAAACACUCACCAGAAGGAGUGGCUCUUGGAGGCCGAAUGGGCACAGAGAGCAUUCCUCACCACAUACAUGCUCGGCGUCGUAGACAACAGCUCGGUAUUUGACAAGGUGUCGGUCCUAAACUUUCGCGUCUCCAGCCAUCUGGUACCUUUGCUUUGUCGUCACGACUUCUGGACCGCUCUCCCAAAGUUGCAAGAGGUCAAACUUGCUGUCAUCCCUGAUUGGCGCACUGUUGAGAGAGAUGAGGCUGGGAUCGUCGAGACCAAGGACAUUGAUCCCUCGAUCGCCGUCGACAAGACAUACAGUCUGCUUCAAGACUUUAUCGGUGUUAGACCGAACAUUACCAAGCUCAACUUCUCCUGGGCUGCUGGUGGCGAGCACGCUGAAGGCAUCUUUGCUCGUAACCACCACAUCUUGCCUGCCCCCAUCACCGCCGUUGCUCGCUCCACAGCCACUGCUCCAAAGGAUGACGAACUCAUCGAUCUGCCACAUCUCAGAGAUCUUACUUUUUCUAACUGCUGGUUUACACCCGUCGCCAUCGUGGCGAUAGUCAAGAAGCUGCGCACAAAGACGCUCAAGAAGAUCAAGUUUGACUCUGUUUCGCUUACUGCUAUGCCACGCGGCAACAUUCCCAUAGCCAAUCCCAACAACCACCCCAUGGUUAAUCCGAACCUGUUUCCUCAACAAGCUCCGGGACCUGGCAUGAUGGUGAUUGGUGGUAAUUUCGCUGCCCAAUUCGGCGCCCAGGUCUGGCAAGGUCCGCCUCCGGGUAUGCCUGUCCAACAAUGGGCUCAGGCAAUGAUCCAUACUCUGAACGCCAUGACACAGCAGCAGGGUAUUGUACUUCAUCAGGUCCCUCAAGUUUGGACGAACCACCCGAUGGGACUGACGAUGCAGCAAAUUCAUGGCAUGUUGGCUGGACUUGCUGAUGGCAAUGGUCCACUGAUGCCUCAACCUGGAUUGCUCUAUCAGCUUCCUCAGCAGCAGCAGCAACAGCAGGCCGGCGCAGCCCAAUUCCCACAGAUUGGAGGCCCUCCACCAUUCCAAGCACCAGCUCUUCCUCAAGCUGCUGGCUGGCCUCUGCCUCCUCAGCCUGCAGUUCAUGCCGCUACUCCUCAGAUCAAUAAUGGACCUUGGUACGAGGGCCAUCGCGUUGGUUCAUGGGUCUGGGUGGUCGACAAGAUAAGUCCAGGGCCCACACUCGAGAUGUAUCAGCCGCGCGAUGAGUUUGAGCCGGUACCCGAACCACGCAACAAUGAGCUCGUGUCUGCCGAAUUCAAUUCAUGCGGUUACGUACAGCUUCGUGCUCCAACAUUCGGCGACCAGAACAACAUGGAAGCACCUGCUGCAUUCCGCAUGAGCCGCCACUUUGUCCGUCGCCAGAGCCUUCUAUCAUCCGCCAUGCUUGCUACCCAGGACAAGCUCCUUGGCUCGAUCGUACAGUACAUGUCUGAGCACGAAACGGAUGCUCUUCACCACGCAUGGGGUAUGACACUGGGCUGGAAUGAUGUAAAGCUCGCCGAAGAGGUCGAGUAUGAUGGCUACCUCACCGGAGGCACUGGCCGUUUCUCAGGAAGUGUGACCAAGGACUCGGUCAUGCAGGAGGCCUAUUCUGCUCAGCAUUCUUGA